UGGAUAAGGGAGAGCUCUCUUCAAACAUAAGAGAUUAUGCAGUUGGUAUAAGUGAGCAGGAUAUUACAUGGGUAUCAAAUUCUUGGGCAGAAGCAGUAUACAUCCUAGGCAUAGCACAGAGACCUCACUGGCUCCAGAUCUAUCACCCUUCUGUGAUGUGGCUGUAUGCUGUGGUCCUGGCCUCUCUCACUGUUUGCACAAUUUCAGCAGGACACACAUCCUCACCACCUGUGGUGGACACCGUGCAUGGCAAAGUCCUUGGAAAGUACGUCAGCUUGCAAGGAGUUGCACAGCCUGUGGCCGUUUUCCUGGGAGUCCCUUUUGCCAAGCCCCCUCUCGGAUCCCUGAGGUUUGCUCCUCCACAGCCACCGGAGCCAUGGGACAACGUGAAGAACACCACCUCUUACCCUCCCAUGUGCUCCCAAGAUCCAGUGGGAGGGCAGCAAAUGUCAGAGUUCUGCACCAACCGAAAGGAGAGCAUUCCUAUUGCGUAUUCUGAAGACUGCCUGUACCUAAAUAUUUACACUCCUGCUGACUUGACAAAGAAAAGCAGGCUGCCGGUGAUGGUGUGGAUCCACGGAGGAGGUCUGGUGGUGGGCGGGGCAUCGACUUAUGAUGGAGUGGUGCUGUCUGCCCUUGAGAACGUGGUGGUGGUGGUCAUUCAAUAUCGCCUGGGCAUCUGGGGAUUCUUCAGCACAGGGGAUGAGCACAGCAGGGGAAACUGGGGCCACUUGGACCAGGUGGCUGCCCUGCACUGGGUCCAGGACAACAUUGCCAGCUUUGGACGGAACCCAGGCUCUGUGACCAUCUUUGGAGAGUCAGGAGGAAGCAGAAGUGUCUCUGUUCUUGUGCUGUCUCCCCUGGCCAAGAACCUCUUCCACAGGGCCAUUUCUGAGAGUGGUGUGGCUACGACUGCUGGUGGAUCCAUCAGAAAGGACAUCAAGCCCUUGGCUGAGCAUAUUGCUGUUACGGCCGGGUGCAAAACCACAACAUCAGCCAUCAUGGUUCACUGCCUGCGCCAGAAGACAGAGGAUGAACUCUUGGAAACCACACUGAAAUUGAAAUUUAUUAGUCUGGAUCUUCAUGGUGACCCCAGAGAGAGUCAUCCCUUCCUGCCCACUGUGAUUGAUGGAGUGCUGCUACCCAAAACAGCUCAAGAGAUUCUGGCAGAAAAGAAUUUCAACACUGUCCCCUACAUUGUGGGAAUCAAUAAGCAAGAGUUUGGCUGGGUCCUUCCAAUGAUGUUUGGCUAUCCACUUUCUGAAGGUAAGAUGGACCAGAAGACGGCUGCAUCACUCUUAUGGAAGUCCUAUCCCAUUGUUAACAUCCCUGAAGAGCUGACUCCAGUAGCCACCGAGAAGUAUUUAGGAAGGACAGACGACCCAGUCAAAAAGCAAGACUUGUUCCUGGACUUGAUGGGAGAUUUGAUGUUUGGUGUCCCAUCUGUCUAUAUGGCCCGUGGCCACAGAGAUGCUGGAGCCCCUACCUACAUGUAUGAGUUCCAGUAUCGCCCCAGCUUCUCACCAGCCAUGAAACCCAAGACAGUGGUAGGAGACCACGGCGAUGAGCUAGCCUCAGUAUUCGGUGCCCCAAUUUUAAGAGGUAGUUCCUCUGAGGAGGAGAUCAAUCUCAGCAAGAUGGUGAUGAAAUUCUGGGCCAACUUUGCACGUAAUGGGAACCCCAAUGGCAAGGGCUUGCCUCACUGGCCAGAAUAUGACCAGGAGGAAGGAUAUCUGCAGAUUGGUGCUACCACCCAGGCAUCCAAGAGGCUGAAAGACAAAGAGGUAGCUUUCUGGACUGAGCUCACGACCAAGGGUGCAAAGAAGAAAACACCACUGAGAGAACACAGUGAUCUCUGAAUGAGAAGUGAAGCCAGUCCUGAGAGCCUGAAGCAUCCAACACAGGCUUAUUCUACAGAAG